AUGGAGGCAUUUGUGAAGUUUUGGGAGAGGCAUAUCCUCGAAACGAUUUUAUGCAUGAUAUGGCUAUUAACCUUUUGGAAUUAUUAUUUGAAUUUCCGUCAGAGAGCACUACUGAAACGUCUGGUCGAUUUACCAAAGCAAGUUGAGGGUUUAAUGACUAAAGAUAUAUAUGAUAAAGCUCGUUCGUAUGCAUUGCAUAGAAAUACCUUUGGUAAUGUGCAGGACCUAUAUUCCAAGGUUUAUAAUACUUUAAUCUUGGUAACCUAUGGCAAUUACUAUUUCUGGCAAUGGAGUAUUGCAAUAGCCAAGUACUAUGGUAUGAAUCAUGAGAGUGAAAUACUGCUGAGUGCGAUAUGUUUGUUUAUUAUAGGCAUAAUUACCCAUAUAUCCAAUCUGCCGAUAGCGGUAUACGAUACUUUUGUUUUGGAGCAGAAACAUGGCUUUAACAAACAAACAACCAUGUUUUUUAUUAAAGAUGAAAUUAAAAGAUUUCUUGUGACCCAAAUUAUUACUAUACCUCUUCUAUGUGGUAUGAUUUGGAUAGUGCAACAUGGUGGCGAUUAUUUCUUCUGGUAUUUGUGGCUGUUAAGUUUGGUAGUCUCAUUAUUUAUGAUGAUUCUGUAUCCGGAAGUAAUCGCGCCGUUAUUCGAUAAAUAUUCGCCAUUACCUGAGGGCGAGUUGAAGCAAGAGAUCGAAAAAUUGGCAGCUUCCUUGAAGUUUCCUUUGUACAAGCUGUUUAUAGUUGAAGGCUCCAAGAGAUCGUCUCACAGCAACGCCUACUUAUACGGUUUCUACAAGUAUAAGAGAAUCGUUCUCUUUGAUACACUUAUCAAGGGUUAUUGUAAGAAAGACGAUGAUGAUGCUGACAAAGGUUGUGAUACAGAUGAAAUACUGGCGGUACUCGCGCACGAACUAGGUCACUGGAAACAUAAUCAUGCUCUGAAAGGGUUUUUACUAAGCCAGGUAAUACUUGUAGCCAAUUUCGUUAUGUUUGCCAAACUUUUACGAUACACACCAAUGUAUACCGCUUUUGGCUUUGUGGACUCACAACCCAUUCUUAUUGGCCUGUUGAUAGUAACAAUGUAUAUUUUAAUACCAUUGAAUACAAUCUUUAAUUUUAUUUUCGUGGUGAUCAGCCGAAGACACGAAUUUCAAGCAGACAAGUUUGCCACAAAAUUAGGCCACGGUAAAUCUUUAAAGGCAUCUCUGUUAAAACUGCAAAAGGAUAAUUUGGGAUAUCCUUUAUAUGAUAAAUGGUACUCCUGUUGGAAUCAUUCUCAUCCACCUAUCAUCGAACGAUUGGAGGCAAUAGAUAAAACCAAAUAAGAGACUUGCUAUGCGAUUUUCAUAAAUCGUUUGUGGAUGUAAAAGAUGAAGCCUGGAGCUUAGUUACAGGCAUUAGUUGUUUGCGUUAUUUUAUAUGUCAUAUAUAUAUUUUUUUCUUUUCCUAAUUAUUCUACUAUCCAGUUGAACAGACCUAAAUGCAGGUCCGAGAUAAUUAUGCUUCCUGCUUAUUGUCAUAAUGUUAAUGUGAUUCUGUUCCUACUAUACAUCCAUCUCUUGCAAUCCAUUCUAAUUGGAUAAGAAUUUUUAAUAGAGCUUUACUAGCAGUGUUUUUAUACAACAUAUAUAUUAAAAUAUAUUCCAGCAUUUAAUACUUGUACAUGUAAACAAUUUUCCAGUAUCAUUAAUUCCACGUGAAAUAUAUUUUAGAAGAUAUUUUCUCUAUAUUUACAGAGAUUUAUCUCACAUUUGGAUAUUUUUAGUAUAUCUUAUUUUUCGAAGAUAUAACGAUUCUUAUAUCUUGUAUAUACGUUCUGUAGAUAUGUACCAGAACUUGUGCUUUAUCAUUCAAUAUAUCGUUAUUAAUAGUAUAGAUACAGAAAUGCCACUAAGUAAAAGUUUAAUUAACUUUAAGAUAUAUAAUAAACACAAAAUAAGUUGAUAUUCUAUUUAAUUUUAACGUUUUUACAGUACUGGGAAUUUGUAAAAAAAUUAUAACGUUUGUGAAUAAUCUACAUGUUUAUUCUCUAUAUUAAUAGUCAUAGUUCUUUUUUAUAACUGUAAAAAUGUGUUUAAAAUUCUUAUAAUCGAUUAUUCACAAUAUGACAAUGUUAAGGAAGAUAAUGUAUCUAUCUCGUCUAGUGGGCACUUAAUUUAGUUUUAUAUAUAUAUAUAUAUAUAUGCAACUAAGAUGUAUAAGUAAGAUAUAUAAGUAUUCAAUAUAUUCAAUUGUAUAUGCACUCUAUAUAUAAAUGUCCAUUAAUUGUCUACACAUUAAUGAGCGAGUAAGUAAAGAUAUUAUCAUUAUACAUUUUUUCAUUCUUACAUUUAGUGUUAAAUGACCGAUUAAAAAAUAAAAAAAUACAGCAAUGUGUGUAUGUGUGCAUUCACUUUUAUAACGUUAUUUAUAAAAAUAAAAACUUAAUAUUUUUCUGCUAAAAAAUAUUUGGGAUAAAAAACGCGACUAAACUUGCAUUAUAGUAUACGUAUAUUAGUGUACAUGUAUGUACAAUAUGUAGAAGUUUCAAUAUAUAAUACUUAUAAGCACGAGAUUUUAACUUCAUUAUGUGUUUCUAAUUUAAGGACAUAGUGAAGAAUAUUAAUUUACAUUGCAUAUAACAGCCACUGAAGAUUCCUUUUUUUUUUUAAAUUAGAAUCAUCUAAUUUGAUCACAAGUCUGUUUUGUUGCUCUAUUGCAAUCGAUUAAAACAAAUGACAAAUUUGAAAUUAAUAACUAAAAAUUAUUUACUAGAUUGUGUAUAAACUUACAAAGAAAAAUAAAGAUGCAUCGAAA